AUGGGGGUGGUGUGGGAGAAGUUGCAGCUUGGACAAGUUGGCAGCAAAAUCUUGUUCAUCACUGAGAAUGAAGAAUUUGUUAAUAAUAUGAGACUGCCAUCGACAAGCUACCAUUUGAAGGGCCUGUCCCACAGAGACUGCUGGUCUUUGUUGAGGCAAGUUUCAAAUCUUGAAGCUGUUGCAUCUGGGCAGACAAAGGCACAACUAGAAGAAGUUGGAAUGCAGAUUGCAGCAAAGUUGGAGGGGCUACCACUAGCUGCCAGAGUAGUUGGAUCUCUCUUAUGUUCUAAUGUCAACCUUAAUUACUGGAGAAUGAUAUUGAACGCUGAUGUUUGGAAGUCUAAACCUGAAGAGUUAUACAAUAUUUCUCCUGCUCUGCUGCUAAGCUAUUAG